CUUCCCGAAGCUCGCCGAGUUCACCUUGCAGCUCAUUCUCACCAAUUUUUGUCCCUUUGCUCACCUCUAAAGUCAUCAGGAUGCCUCCAAAGCUGCCGCCAUUGCGCUUCGUGCGCUCAGUCUUCAACUCCUUCACAAAGGACUCUGGACUUGAGCCGAGACUUCUUGGCAACAACUUCCGGGUGACUGGCGCAUCGGUAGGCAAGGUCGACUUUGAGUUGGCAAUUCAGAAGGAGCACACAAAUCGUCUCUCCACGAUUCAUGGCGGAACCCUUGCUAGUCUUGUUGACCUCGGUGGCUCUCUCGCCGUCGCUUCCAAGGGACGGUUCAUGACUGGUGUCUCGACUGACAUUAACGUCACCUAUCUCAACCCCGGAGGCAAACCUGGCGACAUCAUGACGGGUACAGCUACAUGUGACAAGAUGGGAAAAACGCUUGCAUACACGACAGUCACAUUCUUCAACAAUAAGGGCGAAUUGGCUGCAAGAGGAAGCCACACUAAGUUCAUUGCCAAGACCUGGGGGUCAGAGGACUUUGUUGCACCCGACGAGUAUGUUGUUGAGGAAGAAAAAUGAAACACAUGGUGAACCCAGAGUCCACGGGCUGCAUUUACACAAGU